AUGUCAAAGGCAAAGGAUCAACCACAGGCAGAGGUACCAAUUCUUUUGGGCCGUGUCGGAAACAACUUGCAGAUGGGUGUCGUUGGACUGCCCAACGUCGGAAAGAGCUCGCUGUUCAACAUUCUCACCAACAUGUCGAUCCCCGCUGAGAACUUCCCAUUCUGCACGAUCGAUCCAAACGUCAGUCGUUGCGCUGUGCCCGAUGAGCGUUAUGACUGGUUGUGUGAGGUGUUCAAGCCCGCCUCCAAGGUGCCAGCCUACCUGUCCAUCACCGAUAUUGCCGGUCUGGUCAAGGGUGCUUCCACCGGUGCUGGUCUUGGAAAUGCUUUCCUUUCUCACAUCCAGGCUGUCGAUGGUAUCUACCAUAUGAUUCGUGCCUUUGACGACCCUGAUAUCACUCACGUUGAGGACACUGUUGACCCAGUCAGAGAUUUGGAGAUCAUUGCUGGUGAGUUGAUUGCCAAGGACAUUGACUACGUCUCCAGAACUCUCGAUCUGUUGCAGAGAGCCGUUAAGAAUAAAACCGUUGACAAGGCCAAGCAAGUCGAGUUGGACACCUACACCAAGCUGUUGGAGCAUUUGAGAGCUGGCAAGCAGGCUAGAUUUGCAACCUACUCCAAUGCCGAGCUUGAGCACGUCAGAGAGCUUAGACUUCUCACUGCCAAGCCAGCAAUCUAUUUGAUCAACUUGUCUGAGGAUGACUACAUCAGAAAGAAGAACAAGUGGUUGGGCAAGAUCAAGACAUGGGUCGAUGCCAAUGGUGGCGGUCCCCUCGUCCCAGUCAGUGUGGCCUUUGAGAAGCCAUACUCUGAGCUCAAGACUGCUGAGGAGAAGAAGGCCUACGAGACCACCAAGGGCGCCACCACCGCUCUGCCAAAGAUCAUCAAGACCGGAUACCAUCAUCUGCAGUUGGCUCAUUACUUCACAUGCGGUGCCGACGAGGUCCGUUGCUGGACCAUCCAGAAGGGCACCAAGGCACCAGGUGCCGCCGGUGUCAUUCACACUGACUUUGAGAAGGGAUUCAUCAUGGCUGAGGUCAUGGGCUACGCUGACUUCUUUGAGCACAAGUCAGAGACUGCUUGCAAGGCCGCUGGCAAAUACAGAAUGGAGGGCAAGAACUACAUCGUCAACGAUGGCGACAUCAUCUUCUUCAAGUUCAACACUGGAGGUGGCAACAAGAAGAAAUAA